CAAUCGCCGCAUUGUCAGCAGGGGCUGUAGCAUGGAGCCAGGGCACAUCCACACUGAGAGCCUCAGGUCCAGGCUUGUUGAGGUGAAGACUAAAACCUGCCCUAGGGGCUGGAGAGCUGCAGGCCUGCUGCUACUGCUGACACUGGCCACUGCAGGGGCCCUAGCUGGAGGGCUUCUUGGCUUCCUGUACAGCCCUCCCAAGCCAUUGUUGCAGAUGCUCCAAAAGACCUUCUCAAGCUCCAGGGUGCCCUGGCCCAACCAAACCACUCUCGUGGACGUGGCCCAGAACAUGGCGACUAUCGUGGUGUCUCCGCUUCAGAGCAACCACAGCUGGGCUAUGCUGUUCGACGGGCAAAGUGGCUACAUCUGCUACCGCCCUGCAGAGCACCAGGCCUGCUUCCUCCGUCUGAUGGAAGCCCAAGAUUGGGAGACCCUACGGCUGCUGGUGAACACUUCCAGGGUGAGCAGUACUGCUUGGCUUGCCGCCCCUCCCAGCCACCCCCAAGGCCAGGGGACAAACAAAAGGUCCUCUGUGCAGCCCGGCUGGGCCGGCCAAGGCUCUGGUUUCAGGGGAACAGAAAGCUCUAUCUUCCCCUCACUAAGGCUGUUGACAGGAGCAGGUGGAAGGGCCAUCAGGCUGGGGCGGAACAUGGAUGCCCCACCCAGCCAGGACCAAGGAAGCACUAUAUGGUGGCCCACUAGAGUCUUUCUGCAGGCCCAAGAAUCCCGUGUACCUGGCCAGGACACCCACUAUGCCCAGGAGCUGCUGGCAGUUUUGGGGGGCCAUACCGUGGACCCUGCCCAAGUGGGAGCUCCGGUGCGACACCUUUGCGUGGACACUCCCAUCUACUGGGCCCGACGAGCAGAGGGGCCCCAGAGACAGCGGCUGAUCUACCUCUGCAUUGACAUCUGCUUCCCGAGCAACAUCUGUGUGUCCGUCUGCUUUUAUUACCUUCCAGACUAAGCCCCCUACCGAGCCCUCAUGGCCUUUGGUCCCACUGGCCACUCCUGUCCCUACAGGUCAGCAAGCUGGUCAGGUCACCAGCACCAACAAAGGGCAGCUGACAGUGGGGACAAAUAAACCCAGAUUACCCGGC